AAUUGUUUUUAGAUGAACUUUUUUUUUUAUAAAAGGCAAAAAGUUAUUCUUUCCUUCCUUCUGUAACUGAAAAUGAAAAUGACAAAAGAAAUAAUAGAAAAGAAAAAACAAAGACCAAAGACUUGUCUGGCCAUCAUCAAACAAAAGUCUUCUUAAAUCUUUCCUGCAUCAUCUUCUUCUUCUUAAAACCAAAGAAACAUAAUCUCUGAAGAUCCCCCAUUGAACCAAUGGGUUGUUGCGGCAGUAAAAGCCUACCAGCAUCUGAUCUCGUCACUGAACGAGAGCCUGCAGGGACCAUACUAGGGAAGCCAUUAGUAGAGUUCAAAAAGCUUUACAAACUUCGUGAAGAACUAGGCAAAGGUGGGUUUGCCACAACCUACAUGUGCCAAGAGAUCUCCACAGGCCGUAGUUUCGCCUGCAAAUCCAUCCCCAAGAGGAACCUCACCAGCCAAGAAGCCGUGAAGACAGAGAUUGAGAUAAUGGAAAACCUUUCAGGAGUAUCCAACAUCGUGCAGUUUCAUGCUUCUUACGAGGACAAGAACUUCGUACACAUCGUGAUGGAGCUUUGUCGUGGUGGUGAGUUAUUCGACAGGAUCCAUGCUUUGGUCAAGUCUCAUAGAUAUUACACUGAGAAAGAUGCUGCUGUGAUCUUUAAGUCGAUUGUGAACGCUGUCCAGAUUUGUCAUUCGAUGAAUGUGAUUCACAGGGAUGUUAAGCCAGAGAACUUCUUAUUCUCUAGUGAUGAUGAAGAGAGUUCUAAGCUCAAGGCUAUCGACUUUGGUUGUUCUGUUUACAUCAAAGAAGGAGUAGAAUUGAAGGAGAAAGUAGGCAGUCUUUACUACAUUGCUCCUGAAGUGUUGAGAGAGGAAAGCUAUGGUAAAGAGAUUGACAUUUGGAGUGCAGGUGUUAUAUUGUAUAUAUUACUCAGUGGCAGCCCUCCAUUUGGAAAUGAUGAUGAGAUUAAGAAAGGAAUAAUUGAUUUUGAUAGCCAACCUUGGCCUUGUAUAUCUGUGGGUGCAAAAGACCUUAUCAAGAGGAUGCUCAACAAAAACCAAAAGGAACGAAUCUCUGCUGAAAAUGUUCUUGAACAUCCUUGGAUCUUGAGUGAAGCUCCUGAUAAGCCUAUUGAUGGCGUUGUUUUGUCCCGUUUGAAGCAAUUCCGAGCUAUGAACAAGCUUAAGAAGCUAGCUCUCAAGGUUAUAGCAGAGGGUCUAUCAGAAGAGGAAAUCAGAAGUCUUAAAACCAUGUUUGAGAGUAUGGAUACCGACAAAAGCGGGUCAAUCACUUAUGAAGAACUCAAAACUGGACUGAACAGACUUGGCUCUAAACUCCCUGAAGCUGAAGUUAAGCAACUCAUGGAAGCUGCUGAUGUGGAUGGUAAUGGAACAAUAGACUACAUCGAGUUUAUCUCAGCGACAAUGCAGAGACACAGAUUGGAACGAGAUGAACAUUUGCACAAAGCAUUCCUACACUUUGAUAAAGACAACAGCGGAUACAUAACCAAGGAUGAAUUGGAGAUAGCCAUGAAGGAGCAUGGCAUGGGAGAUGAAGCUUGUGCCAAAGAAAUAAUAUCAGAAAUCGAUAAAAAUAAUGACGGAAAAAUAGACUAUGAGGAGUUUUGUGCUAUGAUGAGAAGUGUCAACUUGCAGGGGCAACUUAUUCAUCACUGAAUAAGUUCUUGUUUCACUCGAAAGCGGUUUUGUUAAACCGGAGAAGAAGAGUUAAACCAGGGAAACCGAUGUGAGAGAUAGAGUUGAUCUUGAAACUUGUGUUAUACAUAUGUCUUCUUGUAACCAAUUCAUUCUUAAAACAACCUGAGAUUGGUAGCGAUUAUUAGACUAUUGAUUUGAGGCAA